AUGGUAGAAUUUGAAGAUGAAAAUAAUAACAAUAUCAACAAUGAUAGUAAUAACAACAACAAUAACAACAAUAAUAAUCAUGAUGAUGAUUUUACAUCAAUAGAUACGACACCAGUAGGAGGUUCAUUAUCACCUGCCUUGCAAGAGUCAAUGGUCAAUGUCGAACAAAGUAAACAAGAAUUCAAAAAGAUGGCUGCCCAUUUGGAAAUGGAGUCGGAACAAUAUAGAUUGGAUGGCAGUCCAGAUGAUCUAGAAGGUCGUCCAGCUGAAACCGAGGAAGAUUUCAAACUACGUAAAUAUUUUGAAGACUCUCAUCGUCAAGCUUUAGAUAAUGGUUCAAAACCAAAAAAGAUGGGUGUUUCAAUUAGAGAUUUAACUGUUGUAGGAAAAGGUGCUGAUGUUUCUGUAAUUGCUGAUAUGUUAACACCAUUUAAAUUUAUAUUUUCAUUAUUUAAUCCUUAUUCUUGGAAAAGAGCAAAUGGUACAACAUUUGAUAUUCUUCAUCAAGUAAAUACAUUUUGUAAGGAUGGUGAAAUGUUGUUGGUUUUGGGUAGACCUGGUGCUGGUUGUAGUACAUUGCUUAGAGUCAUUUCAAAUCAACGUGAAUCUUAUGUAGAUGUAAAGGGUACUGUUUCAUAUGGUGGUAUACCUUCAACUAAAUGGUCCAAGUAUAGAGGUGAAGCUAUUUAUACUCCAGAAGAAGAUACUCAUCAUCCAACUCUGACUGUUAGAGAGACACUCGAUUUCACGUUAAAGUGCAAGACACCAGGUAACCGUCUACCAGAUGAAACUAAACGUAGUUUCCGUGACAAGAUUUUCAACCUCUUACUUAGUAUGUUUGGUAUCGUACAUCAAGCCGAUACUCUCGUUGGUAAUGAAUGGGUUCGUGGUCUAUCAGGUGGUGAACGUAAACGUAUGACCAUCACUGAAGCUAUGGUUUCCGCCGCUCCAAUUACAUGUUGGGAUUGUUCUACUCGUGGUUUGGAUGCUGCUUCUGCACUCGAUUAUGCCAAAUCACUUCGUAUCAUGUCUGACACACUCGACAAGACCACUAUCGCUUCGUUCUACCAAGCUUCCGAUUCAAUCUAUCAACUCUUUGACAAUGUAAUGAUUUUGGAAAAGGGUAGAUGUAUCUAUUUCGGUCCAGGACGUGAAGCCAAACAAUAUUUCCUCGACCUCGGAUUCACAUGUGAGCCAAGAAAAUCAACCGCCGAUUUCUUGACUGGUGUCACCAAUCCACAAGAAAGAAUGGUUCGUGAAGGUAUGGAAGGACAGGUACCAGAGACAUCUGCCGACUUUGAAUCUGCAUGGUUGCGUUCACCACUCAGACAACGUAUGCUCGACGAACAAUCAUCUUUUGAAAAGCAAAUCGAAGUUGAACAGCCACACGUCCAAUUUGCCGAAGAGGUCGUCAAUGAAAAGUCUCGUACCACUCCCAACAACAAGCCAUACGUCACAUCGUUCUUUACCCAAGUACGUGCAUUGACAUUGCGUCACGCACAGAUUAUUUGGGGUGACAAGUUUUCCAUUUGCUCUCGUUACUUUUCCGUUUUAAUCCAAUCGUUCAUCUAUGGCUCACUCUUUUUCCUCCAACCAAAGGAUUUGAGCGGUUUGUUUACCAGAGGUGGUGCCAUCUUUUCAGCACUCAUGUUUAACGCUUUCCUUUCACAAGGUGAAUUACAUAUGACCUUUAUGGGUCGUCGUAUCCUUCAAAAGCACAGAUCGUACGCUUUGUACCGUCCAGCAGCCUACCAUAUUGCACAGGUCGUCACUGAUCUGCCCAUCAUCUUUGCGCAGGUAUUCUUGUUCUCGAUCAUUGCCUAUUUCAUGUUUGGUCUGCAGUAUCGUGCCGAUCAAUUCUUUAUCUUUUGUUUCACACUCGUCGGAGCUGCACUCGCCAUUACCAAUUUGUUCCGUUGUUUCGGUAAUUUCUGUCCAUCCAUGUAUGUCUCGCAAAACAUCAUGUCUGUCUACUUUAUCUUUAUGUUGACGUAUGCCGGCUACACCAUCCCCUACAACAAGAUGCAUCCAUGGUUCCAAUGGUUCUUUUGGAUCAAUCCAUUCGCCUAUGCUUUCAAGGCAUUGAUGGCCAAUGAGUUCACUGGUAUGACAUUCGAUUGCACAGACAGUGCUAUCCCCGCCGGACCCGCCUACGAAGGUAUCCAUGACGCCAACCGUAUCUGUGCAUCUGCUGGUGCCAUCGAAGGUCAACUCUUUAUCACUGGUGAGACCUAUCUCGACCACGCUCUCUCCUUCAAGACAUCUGACCGUGCUCUCAACAUUUGCGUCGUCUACCUCUGGUGGAUCCUCUACACUGUCAUGAACAUGUAUGCCAUGGAAAAGUUUGAUUGGACAUCUGGAGGUUACACUCACAAGGUCUACAAAGAAGGCAAGGCUCCCAAGAUCAACGAUGCCGCCGAAGAAAAACUCCAAAAUCAAAUCGUUCAACAAGCUACCAGCAACAUGAAGGAUACUCUCAAGAUGCGUGGUGGUAUCUUUACUUGGCAAAACAUUAGAUACACUGUUCCACUCCCAGACAAGACUCAAAAGCUCCUAUUGGAUGAUGUUGAAGGUUGGAUUAAACCAGGUCAAAUGACUGCUUUGAUGGGUAGUUCAGGUGCCGGUAAAACUACACUUCUCGAUGUUUUGGCCAAACGUAAGACAUUGGGUACUGUUUCUGGAAAGAGUUAUUUGAAUGGUAAACCAUUGGACAUUGAUUUCGAACGUAUUACUGGUUAUGUCGAACAAAUGGAUGUCCAUAAUCCAAACUUGACAGUUCGUGAAGCACUCCGUUUCUCUGCCAAGAUGCGUCAAGAAAAGGAAGUACCAUUGGAAGAAAAGUUUAGCUAUGUCGAACAUGUCCUUGAAAUGAUGGAAAUGAAACAUCUUGGUGAUGCUCUUAUUGGUGAUUUGGAAUCUGGUGUCGGUAUCUCUGUUGAAGAACGUAAACGUCUUACCAUCUGUAUGGAACUUGUUGCCAAGCCACACAUUCUCUUUUUGGAUGAACCUACUACUGGUCUUGAUUCGCAGUCGUCGUACAAUAUCAUCGAAUUCAUUCGUAAGCUUGCUGAUGCUGGUAUGCCAUUGGUCUGCACCAUCCAUCAACCAUCAUCCAUCUUGUUUGAAUAUUUCGAUCGUCUCUUGCUUUUAGCAAAGGGUGGUAAAACUGCCUACUUUGGUGAUAUUGGUGACAACUCUCAAACAUUGACAUCUUAUUUUGAACGUCAUGGUGUCCGUGCAUGCACACCAUCCGAGAAUCCAGCCGAAUACAUGCUCGAAGCUAUUGGUGCUGGUGUCCAUGGAAAGUCUGAUGUUGACUGGCCAGCAGCCUGGAAAUCCUCUCCAGAAUGCGCUGCAGUCACUCAAGAACUCGGUCAACUCGAAACCACCGAUCUCUCUGGCGGCGACGCUCACUCUGGACCAGCCCGUGAAUUUGCUACCGACACUAUGUACCAACUUUGGGAAGUCUACAAACGUAUGAAUCUCAUCUGGUGGCGUGACCCAUACUACUCGUUUGGUCGUUUCUUCCAAGCCAUUCUCACCGGUCUCGUCAUUGGUUUCACUUUCUUCCAAUUGGAAAAUUCAUCAUCCGAUAUGAACUCUAGAAUCUUCUUUAUCUUCCAAGCACUCAUUCUUGGUAUCAUGCUCAUCUUUAUUGCUCUCCCACAAUUCUUUACUCAAAGAGAAUUCUUUAGACGUGAUUUUGCCUCAAAGUACUAUGGAUGGUUCCCAUUUGCCUUGUCCAUCGUCGUUGUCGAAUUACCAUACAUUCUUGCAACCGGCACCAUUUUCUUCUUUUGUGCCUACUGGACUGCAGGUCUAGAGUACAAUGCCGACACUGGAUUCUAUUUUUGGUUCUCUUACAAUAUUUUCUUAUUCUUUUGCGUCUCCUUUGGUCAAGCUAUUGGUGCAGUCUGUAUGAACAUGUUCUUUGCCAUGAUCAUCGUACCACUCCUCAUCGUCUUCCUCUUCCUCUUUUCGGGAGUUAUGAUGCCUCCUGAUCAAAUACCAACUUUCUGGAGAGAAUGGGUCUAUCAUCUCAAUCCUGCUCGUUACUUUAUGGAAGGUAUCAUUGCCAAUGUGCUCGAACAUGUCGAUGUAAAAUGUACAUCAAAUGAUAUGGUCAUCUUCCAUGCUCCAGCUGGCCAAACUUGUGAUGAAUACACCAAUGUAUUCUUUAACGACUACAAGGCUAUUGGUUACGUAUCAACAAUGGAUGAUGGAUCAUGUGGAUAUUGUCAAUUCAGUCAUGCCAGCCAAUACUACGAAGGUCUUGGUUGGUCUGCCGCCAAUCGUUGGAGAAAUGUUGGUAUUUUAGUUUGUUAUUGGAUCUUUAAUACAAUGUUGGUUAUUGGUUUCGUUUAUUUAACUCGUAAAGCAGCAAGAUAA